GUGAGGCUUGCUACGUGAUGUGGCGCCGCGCGCUUCCUGUAUGCGUUUAGUCCAGAGAUUUCCAUCUCUCUACCCCCGGAGUUCAGCGUCUGUCCCCGGAGCCAGGCGGUCAAAACGGUCAAAACACACCAAUUUUCCAUCAUGUCUGUGAACCUGAGCAAAAACGGCCCUGCCCUCACCGCGGCCUACAACGAGGUGGUUGAUGAGAAAUCGGACACUAACUGGGUUCUCUUCACAUAUGAAGGCAACACCAACGACAUCCGAUUGGCCGAGAAAGGAGAUGGUGGUUUAGAGGAGAUGGUUGAGGAGUUGAACAGCGGGAAGGUGAUGUACGGUUUCUGUCGUGUUCAAGACCCCAACUCUGGCCUUCCCAAAUACGCCCUCAUCAACUGGACAGGAGAAGGUGUCAAAGAUGCUAGAAAAGGGCAGUGUGCGAACCAUGUGAGCACUAUGGCUAACUUUCUCAAGGGAGCUCACGUGACCAUAAACGCGCGGGCAGAGGAAGAUGUGGAGCCUGAAGUCAUCAUGCAGAAAGUGGCUAAAGCCUCAGGAGCUAACUACAGCUUCCACAAAGAGUCCAGCCGCUUCAAAGACUCGGGGCCGCAGGGGCCUGUGGGAUCGGUUUACCAGAAGACUAACGCCAUGUCUGAAAUAAAAAAAACGAACAAAGACAAUUUCUGGGCCCAAGCAGAGAAAGAUGAGGAAAAACGUAUUCAGGAGGAGAAGAGGAAGGCAGAGGAGGAGAGACAGAAACUGGAGAAGGAAAGAAAGGCCAGAGAGAUGAAAGAGGCGGAGUUACGGGAUAAGAAAGCUAAAGAGAGAGCGUCACAGAUAGACCAACAGAGGAAGUACCAAGAGAAACAAGAGACGGAGACUCAAUCCCAUGAGAAACAGCAGCGGGAGGAGCAGGAGAGGGAGCAGGCAGCAUCGCAGAAACCCUUUAAACGCGGAGAAUCGGUGGAAAAGGCAAACGAAGCGGCGUCUCUCAUCUCGCAGCGCUCUGUUAAUCCCAGAGAAAUGUUUAAACAGAGAGAGAUGGGUAUCAAACCGACAAACACAGACAACUCUCCAUCCAGUCCAAAACCAGGGCGGUUGAACAGCCCUUUUCUGUCCAAGCAGUCAUGUGAUCCAGAGCCGUUACGUUCUCCUGUGCGUCAGCCUUCGUCGCCCUUGCGAGCCAGAGUAGAGCCCAGUUUUGAUGAACCGCCCAGAACUCAGUAUGUGGAACCAGAGCCAGAACCUGAGGCAGAAUAUGAAGACGUACAAGUGCCUCCUUAUGAAACGCACACAGAACCUCAGCAGUCUGAGUAUGAGGCAGUAGUGGAACCUGUCAAUGUCUAUGAGGAUCCUGGACAGGUGGAGGAACAGAAUACGUAUGAUGAGGCUGGUGAUCGUGGCAUCUGUGCCAGGGCUCUAUAUGACUACCAGGCUGCCGAUGACACCGAGAUUUCAUUUGACCCCGAUGAGAUCAUUACCGGUAUCGAGAUGAUCGAUGAAGGCUGGUGGCGAGGAUACAGCCAGGACGGUCAUUUCGGGAUGUUUCCGGCGAACUACGUAGAAAAGAUCUAACGUCGCUCGACGCGUCCCGCAUCCCCCGUUAAAGACGGACUGCAACAAAUCUCUGGUGCUGUGAGCACGAUGGGAUCAGUAUAUUUGAUUGAAAAGACUAAAAUUAAAAUCAUGGACCAAACGAGUGCUAAUGGUGUGAUCGGGGGGUAUUUAAAACUCUGAAAAUAAUAUUCUAUACUGUACUGGUAGCUUUGUGUUGUUCAUUUUAUUUCAUUUCAAACGGUCUAUUCAUUUCACAAAACAGUGAUGCCGGCAGAUACAACAGGGUUCAUGCACUGUAAAAAAAGGCUUGUUGAUUCAACUUAACCCUUUAAAGUAAGUUACCUGGUUGCCUUAAAAAAAGUUGUGUGAAAAUCUGACAUUUUUAACCACGUUACUUUAAGUUGAACCAACUUUUUUUUUUACAGUGUGCAAAUAUCCUAUUAGACUGAACCUUUCCUUUAAUCUUUUUUUGUUUAUUUUGAAGACAUUUCAGCAUUUCAAACAUUUCAACAACAUGCUGCACUUUUAAAAUGAAACCUAUUUUGUUGUGUUAGUGAUUUUCAGUGCAUCUACCGUAAGUUUAUGGUAUAACGAUCCUGUUUUGCCUUGAUUUUUGCCUUUUAUUUCUCCACAAGACCGGGUUGGACUGCCUUGCGUUCUUAAAGAACAUAGCGCAGAUGUUUGGUUGCAGUGUUUAUUGAGUUCAGACUGAAACUAUACAGAGUUUAUUUGCACUUUUCUGAUGUUAUCAUCGCUCUUCAAUGAUAAGCAAGUUAUUUAGGAUCAGACUGCGAUUGUAAGUUAUACCACAGCUUUCUUGUCUACUCAGAAAUGUGGAGAAUCUUAAUACUGUGAUUUUUAGGUUUCAGGGAACCUCCAUUCUGUCAUCUCGCUGCCUUUCGGUCUGCGCUCAAAGAAAAUCAUUUCAGUUGUUUUUCAACCCUUGCAUUUAUUUCUUUGCAUACACACACAGUAUAAUGUCAGUGCUGUGCCAAUAAGAGAGUGGAGAUGGAUCAAAUAUUUUUGAGGAAAGGACUUUAACAAAGACCCAUAUUGAAAAACAUCAUAACAUCAACAGUGGUGUUGUUAGAGGUUGUUGUGAAUAUCUAACUAGUCUGCACAAUGUUGUAACUUUCAUUAAAAGAUUAAAUAAAUGAGUUUUAAGAUGGA